AUGUUUUCUUUAACAUUUUUAGCACGAGUUUUAUGCUUCUGUAAUUCACCUUCGUGCCCACAAGCAGUCUGCGAAUCAAGUCAGAGGUGUUUCACCAAACUACGCAAAGAAGCCAAGGAUGAUGGGAACGUUUCGUCGAGUGUUUUGUACGGAUGCAGCGAGGAGUUAAAUUCAAGUGGCGUCUGCACGGAGUCUUCCUUUAUGUUGUGCUGUGAUAGACAGCUCUGUAAUAUGCCAAACAUGUUAAGAAGUAAGUGUUUCUAUAAGAAAGAUGUUACUUUUUCCACUCAGUAACACAGGUGACUCGAGUACUCCAAACUGAACUCGAACCUAUGCGGACCUUUAGGUUACUAGUCCAGAUGCUGCACCAGUCCACUUAGCCAAAAGAAACUAGUGGGAGGGGAAGCCACCAAACUAGUUUCAUGUGACAAACAUCCUGCAUACUGCUAGGACUGGAAUGUCGAUAAGUAUUUCGAAUAAAGAAACGUUUAACGAAGGAACUACGAAACAAACCAGAACAAAACUAAAGAUUUUGGGUGAGUUGAUUUGCCAGACGAGUGAUGGCACAACGACAUAAGGACAGUAAUUCAAGAUCGUCAUUUUUCAGUAAACUAAAUUAAUUAUUUUGCAAAAGGGAAAAAAACAGCCUUCAUAUAGAUGUAAAUGUGGUUUGCGAAUUUAUGGGAGCUUUUUCUUUCCUCAAAAACAUCAAAACAUGCUUGUUUUCUCCUCUUAAAAUAUUUGAAGUCGAAUUUGUGGGCGUCUUAUUUGUUGCUUAUUAAUUUUUUCGAAAUUUUAUUUCAGAAGUAACAAACUUCCAUCAAAGAAGAUAUGCCUUGCAUACCACGCAAGCCCCAAAGGUCAACAAAAAUGUAUCGUGUGCGUGUUCAUCUUCUUCGCCUGCAAUGCGUGUGGCCAGCGUGGCAGCGCCGAGCGUGUUGAUUUUAACUGUUGUCCUUUUGUCAUUAGCAAUGUGUCGUAAAAUGUCUCAUUACCAGAGGAAGAAAAAUGCGCAGAUGAAAAGCAAUGUAAAGUUAAAAGACAGGGGAAGCUCCGAGGACUUGGAUAUCCCACAAUUCGUUGCAACGCGAAGCACAAGUAUGAGCUCAUCAGAGUACAAAGAAUUAGUUUCCAAUCCUUAUAGCGUUUAA